CUGUGUUGUAUUUAUCAAAAAAAAAUCCAUAUAUAAGUGGCUCUGUAUAGUUCAAACUCAUGUUGUUCAAGGGUCAACUGUAAUUCAGUUGAAUUUCAAGAGAGGAACCAAGAAAUUUAUGGAAAGAUAAACUAUGAUGGGUUGGCAUUAGUGUAGUUAGGUGACCUUUUAAACUUUAAACUUCCACAUCACAGUAUGAAGUUGGUUCUGAGAUAAGAAAUAGAAUAAAUUGUCCCCUAAGGACAGACCUGAAUCUCUGACUGCCUAGAGGCUCACUCAACCGGAGAUCAUGGCUUUUGAUGGUACUUGGAAGAUAGACCGGAAUGAGAACUAUGACAAGUUCAUGGAAAAAAUGGGUGUUAAUAUGGUGAAAAGGAAGCUUGCAGCUCAUGACAAUCUGAAACUGACAAUCACACAAGAAGGAAAUAAAUUCACGGUCAAAGAAUCCAGCAAUUUUCGUAACAUUGAUAUUGUUUUUGAGCUUGGUGUCACUUUUAAUUACAGCCUAGCAGAUGGAACUGAACUCAGUGGUGCUUGGAGCCUAGAGGGAAAUAAACUUGUUGGAAAAUUCAAACGGGUAGACAAUGGAUGUGAACUGAAUGCUAUCCGAGAAAUUGUAGGUGGUGAACUGGUCCAGACUUACACAUAUGAGGGAGUAGAAGCCAAGAGGAUCUUCAAAAAGGAAUGAGCUUCGUUUUUGGAGCACAGCCCAGAACACAAAUUGAAUAGAAAAUCUAUAUUGUAUUAAAACUGUUUUUCUCUCCCUGAUUAGUCCUUUUGUAAACAUAACCAGCGACUUAUAUUUCUAGUCUUGCCAAGGCAAAAGAAGUAAAAACUAAUUAGGAUUUAAUUUGUUUUACAUUCUCUAAGAUGUACAUUUUUUGCUGUA